AUGUCGCCCACUGGUCGCGGAAGCGGCCAUAAGACCUUCUUUGCCAGCUCAGAUGAUUCGAAGAUAUGUGUUGUCAUGGUUGGUCUACCGGCCAGAGGUAAGAGUCUCAUAGCCGGGAAAGCGAUGCGAUAUCUUGGUUGGGUUGGCAUCCCAGCUCGCGUAUUCAACGUGGGGUCGUAUCGCAGAAAUUCAACGCCCCAGCCAAACGCUACCUUCUUUGAUCCUCAUAACUCAGAAGGAGAGAAGAUGAGGCGCGCUGCUGCUGAAGCGGCAAUGUCUGAUAUGGUCAAUUGGUUCAAUUCUGGCAAAGGCGUGGUCGCCAUCCUCGAUGCUACCAAUUCAACGAAACAGCGCCGUCGCUGGAUUUACGAAUCAUGUAGCGCCGCUAAUAUCGAAACGUUAUUUGUUGAAUCUGUAUGUGAUGAUGAAUCUCUCAUCAUGAACAAUAUAUUAGAAGUCAAAACCACAUCGCCAGACUACAAGGGGCAGGACCCCGAAGUCGCCGCUGUGGAUUUCCGCAACCGAAUUCGCAAUUAUGAGAAGGUCUACGAGGGUAUUGGUGAUGACGAGAACGACUAUACCUACGUAAAGCUUAUCAACGUCGGCUCCACCGUGAUCAUAAACCAGAUUAAAGACUAUCUAUCAAGUCGCUUGGUCUACUAUAUCCAGAACCUUCAUAUCAAGCCACGAUCAAUUUGGCUUUCUCGGCAUGGAGAGUCGGAAUACAACCUAACGGGGAAAAUUGGAGGAGAUUCAAACAUCUCUGAGCGUGGAGAAGCUUAUGCACGCGCAUUGCCUGGCCUGCUCAAGAAGUCCGGCGUCCCGGAUAACACGAAGAUUGUGAUUUGGACUUCAACCCUCAAGCGUACGAUCCAAACCGCACGUCCUCUCGCCAAGGAGACGGGAUUUGAAAAGCUGGAGUGGAAGGCCCUGGAUGAGCUUGACUCUGGUGUCUGUGAUGGCCUCACGUAUGAGGACAUUGCACAGAAAUACCCCGAAGACUUUGCUGCUCGGGAUGAGGACAAAUACAAUUACCGUUAUCGUGGGGGAGAGUCGUAUCGCGAUGUCGUGAUUCGCCUUGAGCCCAUUAUCAUGGAGCUAGAACGCAGCGAGAACGUCAUAAUAGUCACCCACCAGGCUGUACUACGUUGCAUUUACUCGUACUUCCUCAAUGUUCCACAGGAACAGAGUCCGUGGAUGGAGGUUCCCCUGCAUACGCUUAUCAAGCUUACUCCACGCGCAUAUAAAACGGAUGAACAGCGUUUCAAGGCCGAUAUACCUGCUGUGUCCACGUGGCGUGCCAAGGGAACAUCUGCAAAGCAUCAAGAUUAUCCCACUGAGCUCAAACCGCGAGACAAAUCCCGGAUCGAAUCGGUCCUCGCAUACGGCGACCGCGUCCUUGUUGGACUGAACAAUGGAAACCUCCGAAUCUAUCGGGUUAACGAAGUCGAACGCGAUGCGCAUCCUCCCACGGAGAACACCGACCAUGGCCAUGAGGCAACCGACACGAGUGGGCAGCCAACACAGAACGGCGAAAACGGGACAAACAAUGUGACACAGAAGACGAAAGUGAAGCAGACGGAUCUCCUGCGUGAAUUGGAGAAGUUCUCUAGGUAUAAGAUUGAGCAGCUGGCUUUGAUCAAGGAGGCGAAGCUACUGGUCUCCUUAUCGGGAGGAUACGUUUCGAUCCAUGACUUGCAGUCCUAUGAACUCCAAGAACAGCUCACACGGACCAAGGGCGCGGCAACAUUUGCCGUAACGUCGAAUAUUGUCAAUGAUCCCGAAACCGGUGUUCCGUCGAUCGUGUCGCGCCUUGCGGUGGCGGUUAAGAGGAAGAUAUUGCUAUGGUCGUGGUUGGAUAUGGAGUUGGAUAACGAUACAGCAGAGCUGACGCUCGUCAGUGGUAUAAAGACUCUUACAUGGAUUUCUGGAACAAGGCUGGUAGCCGGGCUAGGCUCAAACUUCGUGUUGGUGGAUAUUGAGACGAAGACUGUUACCGAUCUCGCCGGACCGGGGAGCAUUGGCGGCCUUGGGGGGCAGGAAACCGGGCGACUUGCGGGUGUUGGAGUCGCCAGUAUGAGUUACAUGGGAUUAGGUGGUGCUGCGCCCAGACCACUUGCCACACGGCUUAGUGAGGGCCAGGUAUUGCUGGCGAAGGAUAUCAACACCCAUUUUACGGACAUCGAUGGCAACUCAUUAGGCCGGCGACAGAUCCCGUGGAGCAAUGCGCCUACUGAUAUCGGAUAUUCAUACCCGUUCUUACUAGCACUGCAUGAGCCUUCGAAGGGAAUAUUAGAGGUUCGAAAUACGGAGACACUGUCAUUGCUUCAGUCCAUCUCAUUGCCGUCCGCAAACACAAUGCAUAUCGCUCAACCAACAAUAAGUCUUGCGCAUGCCGGCAAAGGAUUUCUGGUUGCGAGUGACAGGAUUAUAUGGAGGAUGGAGGCGCUGGGUUAUGACAGCCAAAUCGACUCGCUUGUGGAGAAAGGAUACCUUGACGAAGCCAUUAGCCUCGCUGGCAUGCUCGAAGAUGCGCUUCUUAAGGAUAAGGAAGGCAGAACACGAGAGAUCAAACUUGAAAAGGCCCAAGGUCUAUUCGGUCUACGGAAGUAUCUCGAAUCGAUGGAGCUAUUCACAGAGGUGUCUGCGUCCCCAGAGACCGUCAUUCGACUGUAUCCCCGGAUUAUUGCCGGCAACCUCACAUCUAUCAAUGAAGAUCAGGAUGAGUUAGAAGGAAGCACGACUGAAAGCCAGAUUAAACUACCCGACGGCCACGCUCACGCCGACGGCAGCCAUUCAGAAGAAUCGCCCGUCAAGGCUUUGAACCAUACGCCAUCAAUGAUGUCGUUCCUUCGAAACCGGGAUGAAGGAAGUGGUAGUGAGUCAGGCAGUAUCCGUGGAAAACCAGCGGAAGAGGCACGCGAUGAGAAGCCUCUAACUGGAAAAGACCUUAAACUUGCGGUUCGUGAGCUACAGGCAUAUCUUGCUGAUGUACGAAGGCGGUUCCAGCGAUUCCUUAAUCCAGACGGCUCUCUGAAAAUCGACCCACAAACAACUACGGCAGAUGAUGAAUUUACGGAUUCUGUGAUGAAGUUACUGGACGUGACAAAGAAUGAUGUAGAUUACGAUUUCGGAGACAAGCUUCGCGAGAAGGCAAAGCUUGUCGAUACAACCCUGUUCAGGGUUUACAUGUACGCCACGCCUUCUCUUGCAGGCUCGCUCUUCCGGAUUGCCAACUUUUGUGAUCCGGAAGUAGUCAUGGAGAAACUUGAAGAGACAGGCCGCCACAACGACCUUAUUGACUUCUUAUACGGGAAGAAAAUGCACCGCCAAGCUCUUGAGCUCCUCAGGAAGUUCGGCCAAUCUGAUGCUGAAGAAGAAAUGGCGCCGCAGCUACAUGGUCCUAAGAGGAUGAUUGCUUAUCUACAGCAUCUCCCUCCAGAGCAUAUCGACCUUAUUCUUGAGUUUGCGAAAUGGCCUGUCCAGGAGGAUCCUGAACUCGGCAUGGAAAUAUUCCUUGCGGAUACUGAAAAUGCCGAAACACUGCCUCGGCAGAAAGUACUUGAUUUUCUGCAGGAAAUAAACGUCAAAUUGGCUGUUCAGUAUAUUGAACAUGUCAUUGGAGAACUGAAUGACUUGACUCCCGACAUACAUCAAAGGCUUGUAGUUCUGUAUUUGGAUCGUUUACAGAAACAUCAACACAGUCAGGGCGAAUUUGCAAACGUGGAGAACUACCUUGAGUGGAGGGAGAAAUUCAUUACUAUGCUGAGCACAAGCGAUCAGUAUUCGCCAUCCAAGAUUUUAGGCCGCCUGGAUCGUGACGACCCGGAGUUUUUCGAGGCCCGCGCAAUCCUCUUCAGCAAGAUGGGCCAACACAGACAAGCACUAGAGAUUUAUGUAUUCAAGCUGGAAGAUUAUGACAAAGCGGAAGAAUACUGUAACCACCUUCACAAGACAGAAGAUACGCCAGCGCCAAGCGGAGCAGCGGGGGAAUAUUCCACGCUUGCUCCAUCUGAUGAUGAACCCUCUAUAUACUUAACAUUGCUGUCCUUGUAUCUAUCUCCACCUCACGGAUACAAGCCACAAUAUGGCCCAGCCCUUGAUAUUCUAGCCAAACACGGAUCUCGACUGCCCGCCAAUUCCGCGCUGGAAUUGAUUCCCGAAUCUCUUCCAGUCAAUGAGCUCGAAUUUUAUUUCAAGGGCCGAAUGCGCGCUGCCAAUACGAUUUUGAAUGAGAGUCGGAUCACGGCCAACCUGCUCAAAGUCCAAACCAUAAAGACCCGCGCACAGCUUCUAGUUGGUGAAGGCACGGACGGGCGAUCAUCAAGAUCCAGACAUGUUACCGUUACCGAAGAACGAGUUUGCAGUGUUUGUCACAAGAGAAUUGGCGGUAGUGUGAUAAACGUGUUUCCUGAGUAA